CCGGCCCCUGCAAUGCUCCACCCUUCAGGCGCCGCUCGCUGAUUGGCUGCUGUUCGCGCGGUCUCCUGGGUGACAGGAACGCGGUAGCCUAGCUCUGAGGAGAAGGAGCGCGCUUGCGCACUUAUUAGAUCUCGCGGCCGCUCGAGCUUUGAGAUGAAGCGUGUUUUCUUACUGCUCGAAAAGACAUUGCUUGGCAUACCAAUACGGUUCACUUGGCAAAAAAUAUCGGGAAACUACCUUGCAGUAACAGGAGCUGAUCAUAUUGUGAAAAUCUUUGAUCGCCAUGGUCAAAAAAGAAGUGAAAUUAACUUACCUGGUAACUGUGUUGGUAUGGAUUGGGACAAAGAUGGAGAUACCCUAGCAGUGAUUGCUGAGAAAUCUAGUUGUAUUUAUCUAUGGGAUGCCAACACAAAUAAAACCAGCCAGCUAGACAGUGGCAUGAGGGAUCAAAUGUCUUUCCUUCUUUGGUCAAAAGUCGGAAGUUUCUUGGCUGUUGGAACUGUUAAAGGAAAUUUGCUUAUUUAUAAUCGUCAGACAUCUCGAAAGAUUCCUGUCCUUGGAAAACAUACUAAGAAAAUCACAUGUGGAUGUUGGAAUGCAGAAAACCUGCUUGCAUUAGGUGGUGAAGAUAAAAUGAUUACAGUUAGUAAUCAGGAAGGGGACACCAUAAGACAGACCCAAGUGAGAUCAGAUCCCAGCGACAUGCAGUUUUCCAUGAUGAAGACUGGUGACCGAACUUCUGCUGCUGAAAACACAAUAAGUGUGGUGGUUGGCAAGAAAACUUUGUUUCUUUUUAAUCUGAAUGAACCUGAUAACCCAAUUGAUUUAGAAUUUCAGCAACGUUAUGGCAACAUCGUCUGCUAUAGUUGGUAUGGUGAUGGCUACAUCAUGAUUGGUUUUUCACGUGGAUUUUUUGUGGUUAUUUCUACUCAUAUUCGAGAGAUUGGCCAAGAGAUCUUUCAGGCUCGUGAUCAUAAAGAUAACUUAACCAGUAUCGCAGUAUCACAGACCCUUAACAAAGCUGCAACAUGUGGAGAUAACUGCAUUAAAAUCCAUGACCUGGCAGAAUUAAAAGACAUGUAUGCAAUAAUCAACCUGGAUGACGAAAAUAAAGGGUUGGACACAAUGUCUUGGACAGAUGAUGGUCAGUUACUGGCAUUGUCUACCCAAAGGGGCUCACUGCACGUCUUCCUGACCAAGCUUCCCAUCCUCGGGGGGGCCUGCGACACAAGGAUCGCCUACCUCACCUCCCUCCUGGAAGUCACUGUAACCAACCAUGUGGAAGGAGAGCUACCAAUCACAGUUUCUGUUGAUGUGGAACCCAACUUUGUGGCAGUAGGUCUCUACCAUCUGGCUGUGGGGAUGAAUAAUCGAGCUUGGUUUUAUUUCCUUGGAGAGAAUGCUGUGAGGAAAUUGAAAGAUGUGGAAUAUUUGGGAACAGUCACCAGUGUGUGCCUUCAUUCGGACUACGCUGCUGCACUAUUUGAGGGCAAAGUCCAGUUACACUUGAUAGAAAGUGAAAUUUUGGAUGCUCAAGAAGAACGUGAGACUCGCCUUUUCCCAGCAGUGGAUGAUAAGUGUCGGAUUUUGUGUCAUGCCUUAACCAGCGAUUUCCUCAUCUACGGGACAGAUACUGGUGUCAUUCAAUAUUUCUACAUUGAAGACUGGCAAUUUGUUAACAACUAUCGACACCCUGUGGGUGUGAAAAAAGUGUUUCCUGAUCCAAAUGGGACCAGACUGGUUUUCAUUGAUGAAAAAAGUGAUGGAUUUGUCUAUUGCCCAGUUAAUGACACUAUCUAUGAGAUUCCAGAUUUUUCUCCAACAAUUAAAGGUGUCCUUUGGGAAAACUGGCCAAUGGAUAAAGGGGUUUUUAUUGCUUAUGAUGACGACAAGGUGUACACGUACGUCUUUCACAAGGACACCAUACAAGGGUCUAAGGUCAUCUUGGCUGGUGGCACCAAAGUUCCCUUCUCCCAUAAACCUUUACUGCUAUAUAAUGGAGAGCUGACCUGCCAGACACAGAGUGGAAAAGUGAACAACAUCUACCUCAGCACGCACAGCUUCCUCGAUACUGUAAAAGAUGUGGGGCCUAAUGAACUUGGACAAAUGCUGACACAAACUUUAAUGUUGAAAAGGUUUUCCGACGCUUGGGAAAUGUGCAGGAUUCUGAAUGAUCAUGCUGCAUGGAAUGAGUUGGCCAGGGCUUGUCUGCAUCACAUGGAAGUGGAGUUUGCAAUCCGCGUGUAUCGGACAAUUGGAAAUGUUGGCAUCGUGAUGUCCUUGGAACAAAUAAAGGGAAUCGAGGACCACAACCUUUUGGCAGGACAUCUUGCCAUGUUUACCAAUGAUUUCAACCUGGCUCAGGACCUGUAUCUGGCAUCUAGCUGUCCUGUUGCUGCCCUGGAGAUGAGAAGGGAUUUACAGCACUGGGACAGUGCUUUACAAUUAGCAAAGCGUUUGGCCCCAGAACAAAUACCAUUUAUAUCAAAAGAAUAUGCUCUUCAGCUUGAAUUCACGGGUGAUUAUGUAAAUGCUUUGGCUCAUUAUGAGAAAGGAAUAACAGGUGAUAAUAAGGAACACGACGAAGUGUGUCUGGCCGGAGUAGCCCAGAUGUCCAUUAGAAUGGGAGACAUACGCCGAGGGGUUAACCAAGCCCUCAAACAUCCCAGCAGGGUCCUCAAAAGAGACUGUGGGGCCAUCCUGGAGAAUAUGAAGCAAUUUUCAGAAGCAGCCCAGCUGUAUGAAAAAGGUCAAUAUUAUGACAAAGCAGCAUCUGUCUACAUCCGCUGUAAGAACUGGGCAAAAGUCGGUGAGCUUCUGCCUCAUGUUUCUUCUCCUAAGAUUCACUUGCAAUAUGCCAAAGCUAAAGAAGCCGAUGGGAGGUACAAAGAAGCUGUUGUAGCUUAUGAGAAUGCCAAGCAGUGGAACAGUGUAAUCCGCAUCUAUCUGGACCACCUUAAUAAUCCUGAAAAAGCUGUCAGCAUUGUCAGAGAAACCCAGUCUCUGGAUGGAGCCAAAAUGGUAGCCCGGUUUUUUCUGCAGUUAGGUGACUACGGGUCUGCCAUCCAGUUUCUUGUCAUGUCCAAGUGUAACAAUGAAGCUUUCACACUGGCGCAGCAGCACAAUAAGAUGGAGAUCUAUGCAGACAUCAUUGGUUCUGAAGACACUACUGAUGAAGACUAUCAGAGCAUCGCCUUAUACUUUGAAGGAGAAAAAAGGCAUUUUCAGGCUGGAAAGUUCUUCUUGCUGUGUGGCCAAUAUUCACGUGCACUCAAACAUUUCUUGAAAUGCCCAAGCUCAGAAGAUAACGUGGCAAUAGAGAUGGCCAUUGAAACUGUUGGUCAGGCCAAAGAUGAGCUGCUAACCAGUCAGUUGAUCGACCACCUUAUGGGGGAGAAUGACGGCAUGCCGAAGGAUGCCAAGUACCUGUUUCGUUUGUACAUGGCUCUCAAACAGUACCGAGAAGCUGCCCGGACUGCUAUUAUAAUUGCCCGAGAAGAACAGUCUUCAGGAAACUAUCGGAAUGCACAUGACGUUCUCUUCAGCAUGUAUGCCGAACUCAAAUCCCAGAAAAUCAAAAUUCCCUCUGAGAUGGCCACCAACCUCAUGAUCCUACACAGUUAUAUCCUGGUGAAGAUUCAUGUUAAAAAUGGCGAUCAUAUGAAAGGCGCACGUAUGCUUAUUCGGGUUGCCAACAACAUCAGCAAAUUUCCAUCACACAUAGUGCCGAUCCUGACCUCCACGGUGAUUGAGUGUCACAGAGCGGGCCUGAAGAACUCGGCUUUCAGCUUUGCAGCCAUGUUGAUGAGGCCCGAGUACCGCAAUAAAAUAGACGUCAAAUACAAGAAGAAGAUAGAGGCGAUGGUCAGGAGACCCGAUACAUCUGAGACAGAGGAGGCCACGACCCCGUGUCCAUUCUGUGAAUUUCUUCUUCCGGAGUGUGAGCUCCUCUGCCCUGGGUGUAAAAACAACAUCCCAUACUGCAUUGCAACAGGUCGCCAUAUGCUGAAAGAUGAUUGGACAGAGUGCCCACAUUGUGCCUUCCCUGCUCUGUACUCAGAAUUUAAGAUCAUGCUCAACACUGAAAACACAUGUCCUAUGUGCUCUGAAAGAUUAAACUGUACUCAGCUGAAAAAGAUUUCAGACUCUACCCAGUACCUGAGGCCAGAGUUGGAGCAGUGAGCGGGAACCUGAGCAG